AUGCUUCCAAUAGAAAAAGAAAAUUCAAGAGUUGCUACAACUAAACCAUUAGAUGAACUUUUUACUAAUGUCGGUCAAAAGUUUGAGACAGAUACCGUAAAGCAUGAAGGCUAUCGUUUUGACUACCCAUUAAGAUGGUUAAGAGACCCAUCUGUCACAAAAGCUAUUGGCUUUCGUAGAAUGAAGUUUGUGUCUGUAGAAGAUAAAAGUUUUCCAUUUAUUGUAAGGUUUCAUAUAGAUUAUAUAUCUGAAGGGAAACGAAAAAUGUGGGAAGAAAUUGAGCUAAUACAAGUUGACCUUUCAUCUUCUCUACAGACUGCGUUAAAAAAUAUAGAAGAUAAAAUAAAUUCAUGUUAUGCAAAAUAUGCUGAUGAAUAUGCAAAUACCGAGAGCACACUUUAUGUGAGAAUUGUAUAUGACAAACAAAAUUCACAAGUGUCAUUUCAAAUCUACGAAGACAAUCCAAAGAAAGACGAACAAAUAUAUACAGAAUUCACUGCAAUGUCAUGGUAUUAUUUGCAAAGAAUGUUAA